AUCAGAUAGUAGUCGCGUUAAAUAAUAAUCGAAAUCUAUUUAUUGACAACGACUGACGAUUGACGUGUACUGGUGAUUGCAACUACUGUGUUGUGGAAAAUGAUACUUAAUAUAAAUAAUAACAAAAUCACCAAAAAAAGUUAAUUAUGAUAUUUUUUAAUCAUUUUAGGAGUUUAUAUGUGUUUGUUCUUAUAGUCUUUUUUAAUGGAAAAUCGGACGCAUUAAGAUGCUACGUGUGUCAUAACUGUAAGGAGCCUACGCAAGCACAAGUUCAAAAAUGCCCAGUUAGGCCACCAACUCCACGCCCCACAGCAGAUCCAAGUACAGAGCCCGCAACAGAAACAACAAUACAGCCUACUCAAACAGAUGCAGGACCCACAGAUGAAACUUCUAAGACCACAAAUGGAGAUACAACUAUCACAACUGAGGACACGACUAUCACAACUAACGAUGCAACCAUUACGACUGAGGAUACAACCAUCGCAACUAAAGUCACAACUAUUAAAACUGAAGAGUCAACCAUCACGACUGAGGAUACAACUCCCACAACUGAAGACACAACUAUCACGACUGAGGACACUACUAUCACAACUGAAGACACAACCAUCACGACUGAGGAUACAACUCCCACAACUGAAGACACAACUAUCACAACUGAAGACGCAACGCCCACGACUGAAGACACAACUAUCACAACUGAGGACACUAAUAUCACAACUGGAGACACAACCAUCACGACUGAGGAUACAACUCCCAUAACUGAAGACACAACAAUCACGACUGAGGAAACAACUUUAACAACUGAAGAGAUAACUAUCACAACCAAAGAGACAACCAUCACAACUGAGGACACAACUAUCACAACUGAAGAUACAAAUAUCACUACUGAGGACACUACUAUCACAACUGAAGAGUCAACCCAGGAUACAACUCCCACAACUGAAGAUACAACUAUCACAACUGAGGACACUGCUAUAACAACUGAAGACACAACCAUCACGACUGAGUAUACAACUCCCACAACUGAAGACACAACUAUCACAACUGAGGCCACAAUUAUCACAACUGAAGAUACAACGCCCACGACUAAAGAAACAACCAUCACAACUGAAGACACAACUAUUACAACUGAACAUACAACGCCCACGACUGAAGAGACAACCAUCACAACUGACGACACAACUAUCACAACUGAGGACACUACUAUCACAACUGAAGACACAACCAUCACGACUGAGAAUACAACUCCCACAACUGAAGACACAACUAUCACAACUGAAGAUACAACGCCCAUGACUGAAGAGACAACUAUCACAACCGAAGAGACAACCAUCACAAUUGAAGAUACAACCAUCACAACUGAAGAGUCAACCAUCACAACUGAGGACACAACCAUCACAACUGACGACACAACUAUCACAACUGAAGACACAACUAUCACAACUGAGGACACUACUAUCACAACCGAAGGGACAACCAUCACAAAUGAUGAUACAACCAUCACAACUGAGGACACUACUAUCACAACCGAAGAGACAACCAUCACAACUGAGGAUACAACCAUCACAACUGAAGAGUCAAUCAUCACAACUGAAGAGUCAACCAUCACAACUGAGGACACAACCAUCACAACUGACGACACAACUAUCACAACUGAAGACACAACUAUCACAACUGAGGACACUACUAUCACAACCGAAGGGACAACCAUCACAAAUGAGGAUACAACCAUCACAACUGAGGACACUACUAUCACAACCGAAGAGACAACCAUCACAACUGAGGAUACAGCCAUCACAACUGAAGAGUCAAUCAUCACAACUGAGGACACAACCAUCACAACUGACGACACAACUAUCACAACUGAGGACACAACUAUCACAACUGAGGACACUACUAUCACAACUGAAGACACAACCAUCACGACUGAGAAUACAACUCCCACAACUGAAGACACAACUAUCACAACUGAAGAUACAACGCCCACGACUGAAGAGACAACUAUCACAACCGAAGAGACAACCAUCACAAUUGAAGAUACAACCAUCACAACUGAAGAGUCAACCAUCACAACUGAGGACACAACCAUCACAACUGACGACACAACUAUCACAACUGAAGACACAACUAUCACAACUGAGGACACUACUAUCACAACCGAAGGGACAACCAUCACAAAUGAGGAUACAACUAUCACAACUGAAGAUACAACGCCCACGACUGAAGAGACAACUAUCACAACCGAAGAGACAACCAUCACAAUUGAAGAUACAACCAUCACAACUGAAGAGUCAACCAUCACAACUGAGGACACAACCAUCACAACUGACGACACAACUAUCACAACUGAAGACACAACUAUCACAACUGAGGACACUACUAUCACAACCGAAGGGACAACCAUCACAAAUGAGGAUACAACCAUCACAACUGAGGACACUACUAUCACAACCGAAGAGACAACCAUCACAACUGAGGAUACAACCAUCACAACUGAAGAGUCAAUCAUCACAACUGAGGACACAACCAUCACAACUGACGACACAACUAUCACAACUGAGGACACAACUAUCACAACUGAGGACACUACUAUCACAACUGAAGAGUCAACCAUCACGACUGAGGACACUACUAUCACAACCGAGGAAACAACUUUAACAACGGAAGAGACAACUAUCACAACCCAAGAGAUAACUAUCACAACUGAGGAUACAACCAUCACAACUGAAGAUACAACGCCCACGACUGAAGAGACAACUAUCACAACCGAAGAGACAACCAUCACAAUUGAAGAUACAACCAUCACAACUGAAGAGUCAACCAUCACAACUGAGGACACAACCAUCACAACUGACGACACAACUAUCACAACUGAAGACACAACUAUCACAACUGAGGACACUACUAUCACAACCGAAGGGACAACCAUCACAAAUGAUGAUACAACCAUCACAACUGAGGACACUACUAUCACAACCGAAGAGACAACCAUCACAACUGAGGAUACAACCAUCACAACUGAAGAGUCAAUCAUCACAACUGAAGAGUCAACCAUCACAACUGAGGACACAACCAUCACAACUGACGACACAACUAUCACAACUGAAGACACAACUAUCACAACUGAAGACACAACUAUCACAACUGAGGACACUACUAUCACAACCGAAGGGACAACCAUCACAAAUGAGGAUACAACCAUCACAACUGAGGACACUACUAUCACAACCGAAGAGUCAAUCAUCACAACUGAGGACACAACCAUCACAACUGACGACACAACUAUCACAACUGAGGACAGUACUAUCACAACUGAAGACACAACCAUCACGACUGAGGAUACAACUCCCACAACUGAAGACACAACUAUCACAACUGAGGACACUACUAUCACAACUGAAGACACAACCAUCACGACUGAGGAUACAACUUCCACAACUGAAGACACAACUAUCACAACUGAGGACACUACUAUGACAACCGAAGAGACAACCAUCACAACUGAGGAUACAACCAUCACAACUGAAGAGUCAAUCAUCACAACUGAGGACACAACCAUCACAACUGAUGACACAACUAUCACAACUGAGGACACUACUAUCACAACUGAAGACACAACCAUCACGACUGAGGACACUACUAUCACAACCGAAGAGACAACCAUCACAACUGAGGAUACAACCAUCACAACUGAAGAGUCAAUCAUCACAACUGAGGACACAACCAUCACAACUGACGACACAACUAUCACAACUGAGGACACUACUAUAACAACUGAAGACGCAACCAUCACGACUGAGGAUACAACUCCCACAACUGAAGACACAACUAUCACAACUGAGGACACUACUAUGACAACUGAAGAGUCAACCAUCACGACUGAGGAUACAAUUCCCACAACUGAAGACACAACUAUCACAACUGAGGACACUACUAUCACAACCGAUGAGACAACCAUCACAACUGAGGAUACAACCAUCACAACUGAAGAGUCAAUCAUCACAACUGAGGACACAACCAUCACAACUGACGACACAACUAUCACAACUGAGGACAGUACUAUCACAACUGAAGACACAACCAUCACGACUGAGGAUACAACUCCCACAACUGAAGACACAACUAUCACAACUGAGGACACUACUAUGACAACCGAAGAGACAACCAUCACAACUGAGGAUACAACCAUCACGACUGAGGAUACAAUUCCCACAACUGAAGACACAACUAUCACAACUGAAGAUACUACUAUCACAACUGAAGAGUCAACCAUCACGACUGAGGAUACAACUCCCUCAACUGAAGACACAACUAUCACAAUUGAGGACACUACUUUCACAACUGACGACACAACUAUCACAACUGAGGACACUACUAUCACAACUGAAGACACAACCAUCACGACUGAGGAUACAACUCCCACAACUGAAGACACAACUAUCACAACUGAGGACACUACUAUCACAACUGAAGAGUCAACCAUCACGACUGAGGAUACAACUCCCUCAACUGAAGACACAACUAUCACAACUGAGGACACUACUUUCACAACUGAAGAUACAACGCCCACGACUGAAGACACAACCAUCACAACUGAAGACACAACCAUCACAACUGAAGAAUCAACCAUUACGACUGAGGACACUACUAUCACAACUGAAGAGUCAACCAUCACGACUGAGGAUACAACUCCCUCAACUGAAGACACAACUAUCACGACUGAGGAAACAACUUUAACAACUGAAGAGAUAACUAUCACAACCGAAGAGACAACCAUCACAACUGAGGACACAACUAUCACAACUGAAGAGUCAAUCAUCAUAACUGAGGACACAACCAUCAAAACUGACGACACAACUAUCACAACUGAGGACACUACUAUCACAACUGAAGACACAACCAUCACGACUGAGGAUACAACUCCCACAACUGAAGACACAACUAUCACAACUGAGGACACUACUAUGACAACUGAAGAGUCAACCAUCACGACUGAGGAUACAAUUCCCACAACUGAAGACACAACUAUCACAACUGAGGAUACUACUAUCAAAACCGAUGAGACAACCAUCACAACUGAGGACACAACUAUCACAACUGAAGAUACAACUAUCACAAUUGAGGACACUACUAUCACAACUGAAGAGUCAACCAUCACGACUGAGGAUACAACUCCCACAACUGAAGACACAACUAUCACAACUGAGGACACUACUAUCACAACUGAAGACACAACCAUCACGACUGAGGAUACAACUCCCACAACUGAAGACACAACUAUCACAACUGAGGACACUACUAUCACAACCGAAGAGACAACUAUCACAACUGAGGAUACAACCAUCACAACUGAAGAGUCAAUCAUCACAUCUGAGGACACAACCAUCACAACUGACGACACAACUAUCACAACUGAGGACACUACUAUCACAACUGAAGACACAACCAUCACGACUGAGGAUACAACUCCCACAACUGAAGACACAACUAUCACAACUGAGGACACUACUAUGACAACUGAAGAGUCAACCAUCACGACUGAGGAUACAAUUCCCACAACUGAAGACACAACUAUCACAACUGAGGAUACUACUAUCAAAACCGAUGAGACAACCAUCACAACUGAGGAUACAACCAUCACAACUGAGGAUACAACCAUCACAACUGAAGAGUCAAUCAUCACAACUGAGGACACAACCAUCACAACUGACGACACAACUAUCACAACUGAGGACACUACUAUCACAACUGAAGACACAACCAUCACGACUGAGGAUACAACUCCCACAACUGAAAACACAACUAUCACAACUGAGGACACUACUAUCACAACUGAAGAGUCAACCAUCACGACUGAGGAUACAACUCCCUCAACUGAAGACACAACUAUCACAACUGAGGACACUACUUUCACAACUGAAGAUAUAACGUCCACGAUUGAAGACACAACCAUCACAACUGAAGACACAACUAUUUCAACUGAAGACACAACCAUCACAACUGAAGAAUCAACCAUCACGACUGAGGACACUACUCCCUCAACUGAAGACACAACUAUCACAACUGAGGACACUACUUUCACAACUGAAGAUACAACGCCCACGACUGAAGACACAACCAUCACAACUGAAGACACAACUAUUACAACUGAAGACACAACCAUCACAACUGAGGAUACAACCAUCACAACUGAAGAGUCAAUCAUCACAACUGAGGACACAACCAUCACAACUGACGACACAACUAUCACAACUGAGGACACUACUAUCACAACUGUCGACUUAACGAUCACGACUGAGGAUACAACUCCCACAACUGAAGACACAACUAUCACAACUGAGGACACUACUAUCACAACUGAAGAGUCAACCAUCACGACUGAUGACAUUACUAUCACAACUGAAAAGUCAACCAUCACGACUGAGGAUACAACUAUCACAACUGAAGAUAAAACUAUCACAACUGAGGACACUACUAUCACAACUGAAGACACAACCAUCACAACUGAGGACACUACUAUCACAACUGAAGAGUCAACCAUCACGACUGAGGAUACAACUCCCACAAUUGAAGACACAACUAUCACAACUGAGGACUCUACUAUCACAACUGAAGAUACAACGCCCACAACUGAAGACACAACUAUCACAACUGAGGACACUACUAUGACAACUGAAGAGUCAACCAUCACGACUGAGGAUACAAUUCCCACAACUGAAGACACAACUAUCACAACUGAGGAUACUACUAUCAAAACCGAUGAGACAACCAUCACAACUGAGGACACAACUCCCACAACUGAAGACACAACUAUCACAACUGAGGACACUACUAUCACAACCGAAGAGACAACUAUCACAACUGAGGAUACAACCAUCACAACUGAAGAGUCAAUCAUCACAUCUGAGGACACAACCAUCACAACUGACGACACAACUAUCACAACUGAGGACACUACUAUCACAACUGAAGACACAACCAUCACGACUGAGGAUACAACUCCCACAACUGAAGACACAACUAUCACAACUGAGGACACUACUAUCACAACUGAAGACACAACCAUCACGACUGAGGAUACAACUCCCACAACUGAAGACACAACUAUCACAACUGAGGACACUACUAUCACAACCGAAGAGACAACUAUCACAACUGAGGAUACAACCAUCACAACUGAAGAGUCAAUCAUCACAUCUGAGGACACAACCAUCACAACUGACGACACAACUAUCACAACUGAGGACACUACUAUCACAACUGAAGACACAACCAUCACGGCUGAGGAUACAACUCCCACAACUGAAGACACAACUAUCACAACUGAGGACACUACUAUGACAACUGAAGAGUCAACCAUCACGACUGAGGAUACAAUUCCCACAACUGAAGACACAACUAUCACAACUGAGGAUACUACUAUCAAAACCGAUGAGACAACCAUCACAACUGAGGAUACAACCAUCACAACUGAAGAGUCAAUCAUCACAACUGAGGACACAACCAUUACAACUGACGACACAACUAUCACAACUGAGGACACUACUAUCACAACUGAAGACACAACCAUCACGACUGAGGAUACAACUCCCACAACUGAAGACACAACUAUCACAACUGAGGACACUACUAUCACAACUGAAGAGUCAACCAUCACGACUGAGGAUACAACUCCCUUAACUGAAGACACAACUAUCACAACUGAGGACACUACUUUCACAACUGAAGAUAUAACGUCCACGACUGAAGACACAACCAUCACAACUGAAGACACAACUAUUUCAACUGAAGACACAACCAUCACAACUGAAGAAUCAACCAUCACGACUGAGGACACUACCCCCUUAACUGAAGACACAACUAUCACAACUGAGGACACUACUUUCACAACUGAAGAUACAACGCCCACGACUGAAGACACAACCAUCACAACUGAAGACACAACUAUUACAACUGAAGACACAACCAUCACAACUGAGGAUACAACCAUCACAACUGAAGAGUCAAUCAUCACAACUGAGGACACUACCAUCACAACUGACGACACAACUAUCACAACUGAGGACACUACUAUCACAACUGAAGAGUCAACCAUCACGACUGAUGACAUUACUAUCACAACUGAAAAGUCAACCAUCACGACUGAGGAUACAAGUAUCACAACUGAAGAUACAACUAUCACAACUGAGGACACUACUAUCACAACUGAAGACACAACCAUCACAACUGAGGACACUACUAUCACAACUGAAGAGUCAACCAUCACGACUGAGGAUACAACUCCCACAAUUGAAGACACAACUAUCACAACUGAGGACUGUACUAUCACAACUGAAGAUACAACGCCCACGACUGAAGACACAACCAUCACAACUGAGGACACUACUAUCACAACUGAAGAGUCAACCAUCACGACUGAGGAUACAACUCCCACAACUGAAGACACAACUAUCACAACUGAGGACUCUACUAUCACAACUGAAGAUACAACGCCCACGACUGAAGACACAACCAUCACAACUGAGGACAAUACUAUCACAACUGAAGAGUCAACCAGCACGACUGAGGAUACAUCUCCCACAACUGAGGACACUACUAUCACAACUGAAGACACAACCAUUACAACCGAGGAUACAACUUUAACAACUGAAGAGACAACUAUCACAACCGAAGAGACAACCAUCACAACUGAGGAUACAACCAUCACAACUGAUGAGUCAACCAUCACAACUGAGGACACAACCAUCACAACUAACGACACAAUUAUCACAACGGAGGACACUACUAUCACAACUGAAGACACAACCAUCACAACUGAGGACACUAAUAUCACAACUGAAGAUACAACGCCCACGUCUGAAAACACAACCAUCACAACUGAGGACACAACUAUCACAACUAACGACACAACUAUCACAACGGAGGACACUACUAUCACAACUGAAGACACAACCAUCACGACUGAGAAUACAACUCCCUCAACUGAAGACACAACUAUCACAACUGAGGACACUACUGUUACAACUGAAGAGUCAACCAUCACGACUGAGAAUACAACUCCUUCAACUGAAGACACAACUAUCACAACUGAGGACACUACUGUCACAACUGAAGAGUCAACCAUCACGACUGAGGAUACAACUUUAACAACUGAAGAGACAACUAUCACAAUCGAUGAGACAACCAUCACGACUGAGGACACAACUAUCCCAACUGAAGAUACAACUAUCACAACUGAGGACACUACUAUCACAAUUGAAGACACAACUAUCACAAUUGAGGACACUACUAUCACAACUGAGAAAACAACAAUCACAACUGAAGAUACAACUAUCACAACUGAGGACACAACUAUCACAACCGAAGAGACAACCAUCACGACUGAGGACACAACUAUCACAACUGAAGAUACAACUAUCACAACCGAAGAGACAACCAUCACAACAGAGGAUACAACCAUCACAACUGAAGAGUCAACCAUCACAACUGAAGACACAACCAUCACGACUGAGGAUACAACUCCCACAACUGAAGACACAACUAUCACAACUGAGGACACUACUAUCACUACUGAAGAGUCAACCAUCACAACUGAGGACACUACUAUCACAACUGAAGACACAACCAUCACGACUGAGAAUACAACUCCCACAACUGAAGACACAACUAUCACAACUGAAGAGACAACCAUCACGACUGAGAACACAACUAUCACAACUGAAGAUACAACUAUCACAACUGAGGACACUUCUACCACAACUGAAGACACAACCAUCACGACUGAGGAUACAACGCCCACGACUGAAGACACAACCAUCACAACCGAGGACAAUACUAUCACAACUGAAGAGUCAACCAUCACGACUGAGGAUACAACUCCCACAACUGAAGAGUCAACCAUCACGACUGAGGAUACAUUUCCCACAACUGAAGACACAACUAUCACAACUGAGGACACUACUAUCACAACUGAAGAUACAACGCCCACGACUGAAGACACAACCAUCACAACUAAAGACACAACUAUUAGAACUGAAGACACAGCCAUCACAACUGAAGAAUCAACCAUCACGACUGAGGACAUUACUAUCACAACUGAAGAGUCAACCAUCACGACUGAGGAUACAACUCCCACAACUGAAGACACAACUAUCACAACCGAAGAGACAACCAUCACAACUGAAGAUACAACUAUCACAACUGAAGAUACAACUAUCACAACAGAGGACACAACCAUGACGACUGUGGAUAUAACUCCCACAACUGAAGACACAACUAUCACAACUGAGGACACUACUAUCACAACUGAAGAGUCAAACAUCACGACUGAGGAUACAACUCCCACAACUGAAGACACGACUAUCACAACUGAGGACACUACUAUCACAACUGAAGAGUCAACCAUCACGACUGAGGACACUACUAUCACAACCGAGGAAACAACUUUAACAACGGAAGAGACAACUAUCACAACCCAAGAGAUAACUAUCACAACUGAGGAUACAACCAUCACAACUGAAGACAUAAUUAUAACAAAAGAAGACACAACCAUAAGAACUGAAGAGUCAACCAUCACGACUGAGGAUACAACUGUCACAACUAAAGAUACAACCAUAACAACUGAAGAGUCAACCAUCACGACUGAGGACACAACUAUCACAACUGAAGAUACAACCAUAACAACUGUAGAGUCAACCAUCACGACUGAGGACACAACUAUCACAACUGAAGAGUCAACCAUCACGACUGAGGACACAAUUAUAACAUCUGAUGAUACAACCAUCACGACUGAGGACACAACUCUUACAACUGAAGACACAACCAUCACAACUGAGGAUACAACCAUCACAACUGAGGAUACAACCAUCACGACUGAAGAUACAACAAUCGUAAAAGCCGCUAACGCAAUGGAAAUUGUCCAAAAUGCAUCAGAUAAGGUCGUCGUGGAUACACUGUAUCAAAAGAUGAAAAUUGUGGACGAAGUCUACUUUAAAGGAAUGAAUCCACCUCAAAGAGUCUUCUUGAGGACCCUUAAGCAAAUGAGAAGAACUGACGAUGAUGGCGAUUAUGAUGAUGAUGGUAAUGAUUAUAACGAUGAAGACGGAGAAGAUGAUGAGGAAUCCGAUGCUCGGUGUAUGGUGACCACAUAUCAAGAACAUGGUGAAAUUAUUUUUGUGCGUGGCUGCGCAUAUGUCUCGGAAGAUUUAGAGACAACAUGUCGAGACGCCGCCGCAAUGGGUGGAAACUUCACAGGUGAUUUGCGAAGCUGCCGUCUCUGUGUUGGAGAUCUUUGUAAUUCUACAUCAAAAUCAUCUGUAGGAAUCUUUAUACUUAUUCUCGGAGUCUUUAUCACUUUUUACUAGGGAAUACCAGGCGAUUUAAGUAAAUUAGUGGUUUGUAAAAGUACUUAAAAUUACACUGCCUGACAGAAUUGUUUUGAUUAUCUUGUGACCCUGGAACUCUAACUACAGACCUAACAGAUGAACUGAAUUCUUUGAUAAUAAUGCUGGAUCAUACGUAUUACUCGGAAACCUGGCUUAAUUAUUUAUCUGGGUCCAUUAUUUAUCUAGCAUCCUGGUUCGUAGUAGGUGCCUGAUAACUGAUGUCCUUAAUUUACUAUCGAUUUAUUUUAAACGUUAAUAAUGUAGCGCGUAGAAGAGAUAUUUAUAAUGUAUUUGUAAAUGGUGUACUUACUUUAUUCUUAUUAUAAUUUUAUAUAACAUUUAUUAUCAUUUAAGAUUUCACUCUUCUUAUCGAAGAAGAAGAAGAAGAUUUUACUGAUUUCAUCAUAGGAUUAUAACAGCAGAGUCACUUUAAUUAAUUAUAGUCAUAAUCUGUGAUAAUUAUGACCAUGUCAUAUAAGUAUAAUAGGUAAGUCAGUUAAAUGUUUAUAAAUAAUAAUGUUUUCAAUGUUUUUAAUGUUUUGUGUUUGUGUUUUUUUGUUUGUUGUUGUUGUUUGAGGAGCUCGGUGGCGCAGCGGUUAACGCGCUCGGUCUGCGAUUGUUGGAGUUAAGCAACUUUCGCAAAGGCCGGUCAUAGGAUGGGUGACCACAAAAUAAAAAAAAAGUUUUCAUCGCGAGCUCCUCCGUGCUUCGGAAGGCACGUUAAGCCGUUGGUCCCGGCUGCAUUAGUAGUCGUUAAUAACCAUCAAUCCGCACUGGGCUCGCGUGAUGGUUUAAGGCCCGAUCUCCCUAUCCAUCCAUAGGGAAGGCCCGUGCCCCAGCAGUGGGGACGUUAAUGGGCUGGUGAUGAUGAUGAUGAAUGUUUUCAAAUAAUUAUGUUUAUUGCAUGUUUUGUCUUGUAUGUAUAAUGCCUAUAUUGGUUUUAGGCUACUGUCAUUAGUGUUGCUCGAUAAUCGACUGUACUGAAUGUUAAUAAUCGAAUAUUUAUAAGCCCCAAAAUAAUCUCCUCCCUAAUAAUUUACUCCCAACACAAGCAUAAUAUAUCAAAUUGCUUACUGGGAGGUCCACAAUUUCGAUAUUGUAAAAUACUGGAGAAAAA